AUCUGAUCCUAUACGGAGAGAAUAAUGCUCACCAGAGGAAUGUUACAAUACAGCAACAGGAGACCACAUACUGUAUAACAGCAAGAGAGGACUAAGAGAUACGUAGUUGACCUUUACCAAAUGGCGUGUUUCUGUCUGUGUGUGUAAACCGGGUUUCUAGUUCAGCCGGGCCUACGCCUUGCAUUUCUCAGGGGUCUUCACUUUCUUUUCAUUCUGUCCCUCCAUUGUUCCUGCUUCCUCCCGCCGGGCUGUCCUCAGGUGAAGCCAGAUUCUCACAUCGCUCAGAGUGCAUUGUAUCCACACUCAAUGGGAUCACCGUAAAGACAGCAGGGUGCCUGUUUCCAGCCCUGCUAGCCAGUUACACCAGUUUGUCCUCCCAGUUUCACCUUACAGAUUGGACGAAGACCUGAGGAAGUUGAUGUCACUGUUUGGACAUAUAUGAGGCCAAUAUACUGUAGCUCUAAAAGUCAGUGUGUGUUUUUCUGUUACAGGAAAUUAAUCAAGUGUCCCAACUUACAGCUGCUGUUUGCAAACCUGCAAUGCUGCAGACAAUUAACUGCAUUUAAAAAGUUGAUGCCGACUUGUUUAGUUUAUAUGCACCACAGUUCUUUUUUCCACUCAUCAUCAAGGUGUCAAGUUGCAUCCUCCUCCUUGUUGCUACAGUCUAUGGGUUGGACAUACCAACAGUGGCUCCACCCAUCCAAAACUCCAUCCAAACUCACCUGUGAAAAUCUGGUCCAGCAACAAACAACGGUCACUCGCACCAUCAGGAUUGAAACCUGACCGAGCAGCACAACAGAAGACCUAUUGAAGAACUGAGCUCGAUUGGACACCAUGGCCUCCACACACUCUGUGCGCAGCUACUCAGUGCGUCAGCCCUCCUUCUCCAGCAUGUCUGUGAGGGACAGCGGACGCAGCAUCCGCUCAAAGUCUCCCGUCUCCAUCGGCACGCUGUCUCUGUCCCGCUCCCUCUCAAUGGGCAAUGGCCUCAACAUGCUGGGCUCCAGCCUCUCCUUCAACGGCCUCAAUGGCGCCGCCAGCGGGAAGGAGACCAUGCAGGGCCUGAACGACCGGCUGGCCAACUACCUGGACAAGGUGCGCUCGCUGGAGAGGUCCAACGCUGAACUGGAGAUGAAGAUCAAGCAGCUCAUGCUGGAGAAGGCUCCAAAAGGGCAUGACAUCGAGGGGCUCAUGGCCCAGGCACAUGCCAUCGGGCAGGAGGUAAGAAAGAAGACGUUGGAGAACGCCCGUAUCAUGCUGGAGAUUGAUAAUGCCAAGCUGGCGGCCGAUGACUUCAGAAUCAAAUGGGAGGCGGAGGCCACCUUGUGUCAGUCGGUGGAGAGGGACUGUCAGGCUCUGAAGAGAGCAAAGUCUGACCACGACCAGAUCAUCGCCACUCUGCGAGGAGACCUGGAUAGCCUGAAGGAGGAGCUCUACUUCCUCAAGAAGAAUCACGAUGAGGAGAUGAAUGCAAUGAAGUCUCGUCUGGCCAACGAGCAGGUGACUGUGGAGGUGGAUGCGGCUCAGGGUCCUGAUCUGGGGGCCAUCAUGGCUGAGCUGAGGGUCCAGUAUGAGGGCAUCGCUCGCAAGAACAAGGAGGAGGCCGAGACCUGGUACCUCAAGAAAUUGGAAGCAGUGCAGUCGGAGGUCAAAGAAAGCAACGAGGCUUUGCGUUGUGCCCAAAGUGAGUUCAGCGAGCGACGACGUUUCCUGCAGGCUCUGGAGGUCGAACUCAACAGUCUUCGGAAGCAGGUAGGUGUGUUGGAAGGAAACCUGGGGGAAACAGGGCACAAGUACUCAGUGGAGAUGGACAAUCUUCAGAGCACACUGACCCAGCUGGAGGAUGAGCUGUCUCACCUGCGUUUGGACAUGCAACGCAACAAGACCGAUUAUGAACAGCUGCUGCGCAUCAAACAGAACCUGGAGAUGGAGAUCGCCACCUACAGGAGGCUGCUGGAGGGGGAGGAAAUGGUGAAAGAAACACCUCCUCCUAAAAACCCUGAGGUAAGGACCAGGAAGAUUGUAAAAGUUGUCACCCAGACCAUGAUCAACGGCAAGGUGGUGGAUGAGUCCAGUGAGGUGGAGCAGAUCGAAGAGCGCAAAAAAUGAGCCAAAGUGCGUGAAGAGAAGAAGCAGUGAUGUCUCAUAAACUCAAAGUGCCUGCCGGCUGUGGUUUAAAUUUCACCACAACCUUCUUGUUAUGUCUUCCUUAUUUUAUGUCAUGUUUUAAUGCCUUCAGCUUGCCAAACAAUAGACUAAAAUGGAAAUGAAAUAAUACUUUCAGCAACAUGAUAUUUGUCUGUACAUAUAAUAUCACUGAAAUGGAAGAAGAAACUCAAUAUCGAGAUGUAAUGAGAAAAAUAAUCUGUGUGAUAAUAAAAUCUACAAAGAUUUAUCUGUUGAUUGUGCUGGGUCUUUGAUAAUAAAACAUUAACCUCAUUUGAUCCGACAAAACUAAAUCUCAACUCAAGGUCUAACUACUACUGUAGCUUUUUCUCUGGCUUUUAACCACCUCACAGUCAUCCCGAGCAGAUGGAGUUUGCUCAGUUGUCAUCAAAAUGUGAAACAUCUGGAAAAAGCUAGUGGAUCUGUAUUUUUUCAGUCAAACUGCUGUUUUCAACAUCAAGAAUGAGCUUUCAAAAUUGUUUGGAUUUUAAGAAAUACUUUGUAUUUUUAGGAAAUACACUUACUUUCUUGCAGCGUUAGAUGAGAAGAUUGAUACCACUCUUAUGUUGCUCAUCUUAGCUUAGCAUAAAGACUGGAAAUGGGGAUACAGCUAGCCCGGCUCUGUCCAACACUACCAGCAUCUCCAAAGGUCACUAAUUAACAUGUUAUAUCUGCUUCGUUUGAUUCAAACAGAAAACAAAGUGAAAAAAAGUCUUUAUGCUAAGCUAAGCUAACCAGCUGCUGGCUUUAGCUUCAUAUUUAGUACAUAGACAAUUAGAGUCUUUGUCAUCUAAGUCUUGGCAUGAGAGCAAAUAAUUUAAGUAUUUCAAAAAAUGUCAACUUUUUUCUUUAACACUUACUGAAGCUUUUGGAAAAUGUCUUCAUCUUGCGCAUAUCUUGUAUCUAUGUGAUAGUUUCACUGUGAAAUAGUUAUGGGAGUAAUGUAAUAAGCUGUAGUUGUAUUUUAGAAACUUACACAAACCAACCAAAGCA